CCGACAAGAGCCGCAACACCAAAAAGAUUCAAGGACGUCACCACCACCACCUCGCACCGAGCUGCCUUAGGUUGAGCUCCGGUGUUGGUCUCUGUGGAGACACCGACUUCACCACCCCGCUCUAGUCAUGCCAGCCAAACGACGUCCCGCGACGGCCGCAGCGGCGGCGCCAAAGCCGACUGAGAAGAAAACCCGCCAAUCCAAACUCGCAAAGGAGAACAACAUCAGCGGCGAAGAAGAGGCCGAGAUCCGGGAAGCAUGGAAUCUGUUCAGCGUGCCGCACGAAGACUACGAGGGCGAGAAAGAGGGCGUGAUUCCCGUCGAGGAGGUGCGCAGAGCAUUAAUAGCACUAGGUCUCCCACCAACGAAUAAAGACGAGAUGCGCGAAAUCAUAGAAACCCUCGACCCCACCGAUGUCGGUUUCGCCACGUACCCGUCCUUUGUAACAAUAUGCGCGCUCAAACUCCGCACGCGGGACGACGCGGAUCUGUCCGAGGAAGUCGAGACGGCAUUUAGGCUCUUCACGCAUGGUGCGGAGGGGCCAAUUUCGCUGGCCCACCUGCGGCGUGUAGCGCGCGAACUGAGAGAGGAAGUCUCAGAUGACGUCCUGCGGGAUAUGAUUCUCGAAGCGAAUGGUGGGGAGGGCGUGCAUCGUGGCGUACGACUGGAGGAUUUCGAGGCCGUGAUGAGACGGGCAGGGGUGUUUUGAAAAAUGAUGUCGAUUUCCCCACCGCGACUUUCUUUUUUUUUAUCAAUGGGUUCCUGUGAUUUGUUAAUGUUGCUUAGCUCUUACGGGCUGCGGGCGUAUAUGGGACGUAUAGGGGGAGGCGUUUCAUGUUGGAAAUCUUUUUCAAUUUACUGAGAACGGGGACUUUUUUUUGCAUAUGGUUGUUGGUCGUCCAAGGCGCGUGGUAUUGGCUGGGUAAGCUGAAGUCGGGCGUUUGCUUCUCCUCUUUGAGGUCAUUGCCAGUGUUUACAUGGUAGACAGAGUGUACUUUAUAAUUUAAAAUUUCCAAUAUCUCUUGAAGGGUGUCAAAGGGCCGAUUUGGUUUCGUACCAGCUGUUGUCGUGUAUACGUUGGUUGGCUCUAGUUGGAGGUUGGUUUUUUCAGAGCGAG